AUGGCCGUGGCUGGGCGACCUAGUUCUGGCCCAAGCUCGGGUAAUCAUUGGCUAGGCCAAGGCUUGGUUACCCAGUCUUGGUCCAAGGCUGGGUUCUUUUGCCUCGACCAUUCUACGGCGAACCAGUCUUGGCUCAGGCUGAGUUUUGGUCCAAGCAUGGGCCAAUAUCAGUGCGCCAAGCUUGGUUGCCCAGUACUGGGCCAGGCAAGGCCCCGUCAUUCAACUCUGGCAGUUCCUACAUGGUUGCUAACAGUUUUAAAGUUAAUAAAUGUAUAUGUCGUAGUCCUUUCGCAAAAUUCGUCAUUUCAUGAAAUACCUAGGCACUUCCAGAAGCGUCAGCGUUUAGUGAAAAAUAUUUAA